ACAUUGGUGGUAUUCUGGUGAAUUUCGUACCCAUUUGCACACUAUAAAGUUCGCAUGAAUUUAAUGGUAAAUUAUCAGUUAGAUUCAAUACCUCAAACUAAACAACAGCAGCAACAUGUUCAAAUACAUUACCUUCGCCGCUCUCUUCGCCAUCGCCACCGCUGCGCCCGGUUUCAUCGCUCAACCCGUUGUGGCCAAAGUGGGUGCUGUUGUACACACAGUUCCAUCUGCCACUUCCCACCAGAGCAUCACUCAAUUGCACAAUAAUGCCCAUAUUGUUACACCUAUCGUGAAAGCUGUGGCUCCAGUUGUGAAGACCUACUCUGCUCCUGUAGUUCCAGUAGUCAAAACUGUGGCUCCAGUCGUCCCCGUGGUUCAUGCUGCUCCCGUAGUUCCAGUUGUGCAAACCUACUCCGCCCCGGUGGUUCAUCAUGUUCCAGUUGUGAAGUCAGUUGUUGCGCCCGUUGUACCAGUGGUUCAUGCUGCUCCAGUCGCCCACAUUGUUCACCAUUAAUACAACUGCAUAAUAGUUAAUACCCGAUAUAAAUUUUUGAAUAAAUAUUGUUGAAAAUUAAGAA